GUAAUGGAGACGCAAGGCAUAAAAAGCGAGACGUCUGGUAUUUGUCUAAGGAUUGCCCAAAUUUAUGAAUCGUUUCACUGUCUCAAUGAUGACAUUAACGUACAGGGAGACGCACCCUGCCAUGUAGAACCUAAAUUCGUGAUUCCCGAAAAUAUAUCUACAGUCAUACGAAAAGCUUUAUGGGAAGAAGAUGUACAAGGAAUAGAUCUGUCAACACAGUUUUAUAAUCCCGAAUCGGUUGAAUCGCAACCAGAAGUUUCCGAUGGUCCAGAUGUUAUAUCGGUGGAACCAACGGACGUUGAACCCACUCCGGUAAGAGAAGAAGCAAAUCAGCCCGUUGAAUCCGAAGUUGACGAUGAAAUUUUACUGCAAACGAAAAAUGGAGCAGAAAGUAAUUUUAUCCAUUACACCUACUGGACAUUGGAAAAAGGAUCCAAUGUAUCGUACACUUCCAAACCGUUGUAUGCCACCGGACGUAAUGAACCCGUAACAUUGCUUGAAGAAGCUGAAGCAUUUGUAUCAUUGUCUAUUUGGGGUGGUCCAAAGGCAGAGCCAUUGCAUUCCGUGCCCAGGCAUUUAUUAGUCCAGGUUGCGCAGGUGGCUUCAAGAGCCUUCUUCGACCCAGACUAUAGAAAAUAUCUAUUAAGGACAUAUUUGUCUUGAUUAGGUGGUAUCAUUCCAUUAAAUGUAACCGAUGUCUGAGUUGUCUACAAUCCCAUUGCAUAAAUUGGAUCAGUCUCCUCAAUGAAGUUUAUAGCACAAUUCCAUUGUUGAAUGUUCCAUCAGCGUAA